AUGAAGAGUAUUAUACUCUGCCUGCUCUGUCUCGCUCUCAACGAAGGACUCAUCAGAGUUCCUUUGGUGAAAUGGGAGGAAAUAAUGAAAGAGAGGGGGCUCAUGAAAGAACUGCUGAAAUACUCCCAGUAUAGUUCAAACCAACUGAAUACAGAAGACCUGAUCAACCAGAAGAAUUUGGCCUACUUUGGAAAGAUUGGUGUAGGAACCCCACCACAGUACUUCUAUGUCCACUUUGACACUGGCUCCAGCACUCUCUGGGUCAACUCUGUGUACUGCAAGAGCAGCGCCUGCUACCAACAUCCUCUGUUCAACCCACACAAGUCUCACACAUACCACACCCAUAACAAACCGUUCUCCGUCCAUUACGGAACCGGGAGCGUUACUAGGGUCUAUGGCUAUGACACAAUCACAGUGAGCCUGUUAGUAGUCAAACACCAGAAGAUUGGUCUGAGUAAAAAUGAGCCUGGAAGUCACUUCGCUAAGCCUCUGCAUGAUGGGCUCAUGGGCCUGGCCUUCAUGCCUGAUGAUGACACCAUUGUGGACACCAUGAUCAAAGAAGGUCUCAUUGAGGAGUCUGUUUUUGCUUUCUAUUUGAGCAGGGAUGAUCAAAAAGGCAGUGAGGUAGUUUUCGGAGGAACCAACCCAUCCCAUUACCAGGGCCAGAUCAACUGGGUUCCUGCACAGAGAAACAGCCACUGGCAAGUGACAUUUGAGGGAUUUGAGGUGAACCACAAGAAAACAGACUGGUGUAAGAGUGGCUGUACUGCGAUAGUGGACACAGGAACAUCCAUGCUAGAGUGCCCUCCGCACUAUGUGGCCUCUCUUCAUGAAAUGCUGGGAGCCCACAAGGAUAGCAGUGGUGAUUACGUGUUUGAAUGUAGUAAAGUGAACAGCCUUCCCACACUAACAUUCAUCAUGAAUGGAGCUCACCUGCACCUGCCUCCAUCUGCAUAUGUACUUCAGAGUCAUGGAUCUCACUGCAAGAGCGGCAUCAAGCAGUCUCAUGAGAAGUACAGAGAUGGCCACCCUUACUGGAUCCUGGGUGAUGUCUUCCUCAGACAGUUCUACUCUGUGUUUGAUCAAGGGAGAGCCAGAGUGGGAUUUGCCACUUUGGCUUAG